AUGGCCGGCUCUCUUCGUCGAGCCGCAUUCACCACCAUGGCCGCGUGGCUCCUGCUCCUUACCGCAAGCUCCGCGGCUCCCCGCGCCGCCGCGUUCCACUUGGCGCGGGAUGCGCGCGACGGCGGCGCGUCCGCGCAGUUUCCGCCGCAGUUUCCGCGGCAGCACGACGCGCAGGAUCGAAGUAGCGGCGAUGGCCGAAGUGGCAGCGCGCUCGAGUCCUUCUACGACCGCGACGCGGCCUUGGAGCUAGAAUCCACAUACGAGGAAGACGACGACGUGGCGCGAGUCGCCGGCAUUGCCACGACGCGGGGCGCGGGCCGUGAUCCCGCGGCGCUCAUCGCCACGUCAGCGGGCUUCGCGUACCCAAUGGCGGCUCCCAUCUACGUGGCCAAGUCGCAACUGCCCGUGAUGAUGUCACUCAAGACCACGUGGUCCAAGUAUGCGGACCUGAGCUCGUGGGACGGAUCCAAGCCGUGCAAUCAGUGGACGCGGAUCAGAUGCUGGACAGAUGGCACCAUCAGGCGCAUGGAGAUGAGCGGGAUGGGUCUGCAAGGCAGUCUGCCGGGCAUCAUCGGCGACCUCACCACGCUGGAAGAGCUGCUCGUUACCAAGAACUGGUUCACCCACGAGUUUCCCAACAACCUCUCUAAGCUCGUUCGCCUGCAGAACCUGCAAGUAUGGAGCAACUACUUCAACCACACCAUUCCACCCGGCCUCGGCAACCUGCGCAACCUCUACCAGCUGCGCAUCAGCGGGAACCACUUUGAGGGAACCAUUCCCCCCUGCAUCAGCCGACUCAAACUGCUGUACUACAUGUACGUGGACACGAACAAAUUCACGGGAAGGCUGCCCGCCUCCAUUGGCACCAUGACCAACCUGCAGAACCUGUUCAUCAAUCAGAACAGCAUUGCCGGUCCACUCCCCGCCACCAUCACCCGGCUCAGAAAUCUGCGAAUCCUAUUCAUGAGCAGCAAUCCCAAGCUGACCGGCUGGCUGCCGCGCAAUCUGGGCAACAUGGUUAGCCUCACAGACCUGGUGAUGGAGUAUUGCAACUUCUCCGGUCCCAUCCCACCAUCUAUCACCCGUCUCACACGCCUGCAGCGAGUCUUGCUAGACAACAACUACUUUCGAGGCAUAGUGCCGGAGAACCUUAGCAGGCUCACAGACAUCACCAUCCUCUACCUCGAGCGCAACUUCCUCUACGGCACGUUCCCAAAGGGCAUUUCCCAGCUGCCCAAGCUCAGCUACCUCAAUCUGCACGACAACAUGUUGACAGGCCCUCUCCCCACCAACUUCCCCAGCACUCGCUUCAUUGAUUACGGCCAGUACAACCUGCUCUAG